AAGCCAAGCGGGUCUCAGGUCGUGGCUCUCCGGGAGCGCGAGUGGGAACUGUACCCGGGGCGCCGUUCGGGGGCCCGGAGGCUUCCCCUUCAGCCGGGCUCGGCCGCAGCUGGCCACAGCCACGUCUCAGAGGCAUCCAGGGCUCAUCCGCACCUCCCUGGGGACUCCAGGGUCAUGCUGCGGCAGCCUGGCGCCUGACGAGUGAGGGGGAACCUGCCAGGGGAUUACUGCUAGCACGAGCUAACAGCAGGACAGCAGGCCUCAGGGGAGUGGGGAUGGGCAUAGCAGCCUGCCUGCAACGCUGGGCCAGUGGCACCAAGGAGGCCCAGGCCCUGGCAGGGAGCUCGGCACACGCUCAGCUGACCCAGACAGCAUUCAAAGCAGGUCCCUGCUGAGCAGCAGCUGUUCCCAGGCCCUGGAGGACCGCAAACGCCUCAGCAACCACAUUUGGGGCUGUGACCAUCAGGAGAAGGGACCAACACCUCGAAUGGGAAGCAGAAGGGCAGAACCUGCUGCCAGGAGGAUCUUGGUCUCUGCAGCAAAGUCUUCCGACACCCGUGGAGCUUCUUGGGUUUCUCCUCUCAGGACUGGGGCCUUGUUUCCUCCUCUGGUGGAGGGGGUAGGCCAGGAGGGCCAGCUGAGGUGGGGACGACUCUCGGAUGGAAUCCAGGCCACUUGAAGCCCAUGGGCUCUCUGCUGUGAUUGGGGUUCGAGGGCUUCCCCACUGCAGGGGACGAGGGGCCGCCUCCGUGUCUGCUCAUGAACCACAAGGACCCCGAAUGCUCCAGACUGGACCAUUUCGAGCCACCAAAGAGUGGGGCCCCCAGAGCUGGCAGCCAGCAGCUCCAAGGGACUAGAGAGCUGGGAUGGACUGACCUCCCCCUCACCAGGGCAUUAGGAGAGUCAGAGCCUCUGUGGCCCAGCUAGUGACAGAGAGACCCGAUGAGGCCAUAAGCUGGCACCCGAGUGACUCAGGGACAGGAGAGCCACUCCUGCCUACUGUGCUUUCUCCUUACAUUGAGGGAGGGUGUGGUAAGGGACCCCUGCCUCUGUUCCCUCCUCAGCACGUGCCCCUAUGCCCUUUGCACGUGGUGCCAGGAGACGCAGGCUACACUGUGGCGGGCCCAUCAGUGGGCUGGGAAGGGAGUGGCCACGGUGACACCCACCCGCCCACCAGGCUGGUGGUCUAGCCCCCCGGGGCGCCAAACCAUGAAGUGCUCCCUGCGGGUGUGGUUCCUCUCUGUGGCCUUCCUGCUGGUGUUCAUCAUGUCACUGCUCUUUACCUACUCCCACCACAGCAUGGCCACCUUGCCCUACCUGGACUCAGGGGCCCUGGGCGGUACCCACCGGGUGAAGCUGGUGCCUGGCUAUGCUGGUCUGCAGCGCCUCAGCAAGGAGGGGCUCACCGGUAAGAGCUGUGCCUGCCGCCGCUGCAUGGGUGACACUGGCGCCUCUGACUGGUUUGACAGCCACUUCAACAGCAACAUUUCCCCUGUGUGGACCCGAGAGAAUAUGGAUCUGCCUCCAGAUGUCCAGAGGUGGUGGAUGAUGCUGCAGCCCCAGUUCAAGUCACACAACACCAACGAGGUACUGGAGAAGCUGUUCCAGAUAGUACCAGGCGAGAACCCCUACCGUUUCCGGGACCCCCACCAGUGCCGGCGCUGUGCGGUAGUGGGGAACUCAGGCAACCUGCGGGGCUCUGGCUACGGCCCAGAUGUGGAUGGGCAUAACUUCAUCAUGAGGAUGAAUCAGGCGCCAACCGUGGGCUUUGAGCAGGAUGUUGGCAGCCGAACUACCCACCAUUUCAUGUACCCCGAGAGUGCCAAGAACCUUCCUGCCAACGUCAGCUUUGUGUUGGUGCCCUUCAAAGCUCUGGACCUACUAUGGAUUGCCAGCGCUUUGUCCACAGGGCAAAUCAGAUUCACCUAUGCGCCAGUGAAGUCCUUCCUUCGAGUGGACAAAGAAAAGGUUCAGAUCUACAACCCGGCAUUCUUCAAGUACAUCCACGACCGGUGGACAGAGCAUCACGGGCGGUACCCUUCCACAGGGAUGCUGGUGCUCUUCUUUGCCCUGCAUGUUUGUGAUGAGGUGAACGUGUACGGGUUCGGGGCCGACAGCCGGGGCAACUGGCACCACUACUGGGAGAAUAACCGGUAUGCGGGCGAGUUCCGGAAGACGGGAGUGCACGACGCCGACUUCGAGGCCCACAUCAUCGACAUGCUGGCCAAGGCCAGCAAGAUCGAGGUCUACCGAGGCAACUGAGCCCGGCCUCGCCGCGACCCUUCCGGCCCAGCCGCGAGGCUGCGACGCUCGCUCCGCAGCCGGGACUCCCGGCCAGCCCGAGGGCGGCGGCCUUGGCGAGGGCGCGGCGCCCGGUUGGGCGUCUCCAGCCCUGGGAGCGACGCCAAGUCGCGGUCUGGACCAAUCAUGCUGCAAGUCCAGCGAGCGCCGGCUGUCCCCCGCCAAUCAGGAGACUUUGGGGGCUGGCCCAGGCCUGGCACCCAAUCAGCGCUGCAGUGGGAGCGGAGGCUCUUUCUCCCAGCCAAUCAUGCGACUCAAGGAGAACUUCCGGCGCUGGGCCCGGUCUCCUCCAAUCAAUGGCCUUCGGAGGCGGGCCGGCCGCCGCUGAAUCCCCACUCCCCUAUGCUUUGGGUAGGAUUUUAUUUUAUGCUUUUUAAGGAGUAGUGGUUGGUUCCGGCCUCAGUGGAGUACUUUCCUCAGGCUCUGCGGGAGGAGUGUUGGUGGCCUGUCGGCGGUACUCGGCCAGGGGCACCGAGGAGGAAGCGGGGGGGAAGGCUGGCCAUGCAAAUUGCUGGGAUCCUAGCUGGGGAGGAGUCGACUGACUUGCCCGCCUUGCAUGUCUCCUCUCCUGCCCCUGCGUCCCCUCCCUCUGCCACGCUCACUUCCUGCCUCAUCUCUCCAACCCAUUUUCCAUUUUCAGCUCUAGAAGGGCAGGGACGCUUACAAACAGGAGUUACAUCUGGAAGUUACUUCCAAGACUGAACCCAGCUUAAGUCCCUAGAGGAAGCUGCUGAUGAUAUUCUCACCCUUCAAGGUUGGGGAAGUUUCGGAGGGGGAAAGUGCUUCUGUGAAGCUUCCAAACCACUAAUAGGAUCCCCCUUCCCAACAAUGAGGAACACAAACACCACCCUUUAUCUUAGUUGAUACCACCAAGCAGCCUCCUGGCCAUUGGGGUAAUUCCUGCAGCUGGCUGGGGUAACCAGCAGGGGAGUAUAUUAGAGGAGGAUUGGGGCAGGGCAGUGGGCACCCCUAAAGUUAAUAUAUUGAGAACUUAGCUUAAGCCUAAGUCUUAGUUCCUUCCCAAUUCCAAAAGUAGGAGGAGCAACGAGUGGGGGUGGAUUUGGGGGGGCCUAUCCUGGAAUGCCUCUCUCAGGGCUUCCCCCACCAUUUUAGAGAGUCAAGGCACCAGCCAUUCAUGCCAGUCUCCUCUCAGUGCUUCCUGAAGAGGCUGUUUGGAGUGUUCGGAAAAUGAAAAAAACAAUGCAAUUAUGCCAAACAGUAUUGAGCAGAAUAAUUUAUUUCUUUUUUGUUCCUUUUUCUUCUUUUUGUUUUGUUUAAAACAUUAAUAAAUCCCCUUUCUGGAAGAGGUAGGUCCCAGCAUCCAGCCCAGAUCUCCUUUUCUGCAAUAGUUAUUUAAACAAAUGUUUGUUUGUUUUUUUAUUUUCUUCCCUUUCUCUCUCUUUCUGAAUUAAAAAAAAAGAAAACUCCUA